UGCAUUUUAUCGGUCAUACUUAUUUUUAAUUGAUAUGGUAGGCAUAGGUUUUUGGGGGUUUUUUUGUUUUUUUUUUAAAUGUUGAUCUGUAUGAGUUUUGAAGUAAAAACUCACUGAAUAAAAGUUAAUUCUAACAGAAAACGUUCAAUUUUCUAUUUACAAAAAAAUGUUAUUUUAAGCCACCAGAAAGGGUACAACGAUGGGGUCGGUUCACGGAUUACUUUAUAUUCUUGUAAUCUCAUCCUACUUCAUCACCGGUCAUGGCCAAAAAAUUGUGUGCACACAGGAAGCCAAGGCAGAUUUAGUGUUUUUAGUGGAUGGCUCGGCCAGCAUCGGUCUAAAGAACUUCCAACAGAUUCGCGAGUUCCUCAUGUCCGUCGUGAAGAACUUUGAAAUAGCCCCUAAUAAGGUCAGGGUCGGCAUGGUCCAGUUUAGCGACACACCGAAAACGGAGUUUUUCCUCAACACCUAUGAGGAAAAGCAGGAGAUUCUCGACUACAUUAAGAACUUGCCGUAUAAGACCGGCGGCACCUUCACGGGCGAGGCUUUGAAGUUCUUGCUGAAAAACCACUUCGUUGAGGCAGCGGGGAGUCGGGCGAACCAAAUGGUGCCUCAGAUCGCCUUCGUCAUCACAGACGGAAGCUCUCAGGAUGAGGUCGAGCCACACGCUCAGGAACUGAGGCAGAAGGGAGUCAAGGUGUACGCCAUUGGAAUCAAAGACGCAGACGAGAAGUUCCUAAAGAAGCUCGCUAGUCAGCCUUAUAACAAUCACGUGUACAGCGUGUCUGACUUUAAUGCCCUCCAGGAAAUCUCGCUGAAUGUAGGUCGUGAGCUGUGCACCACCGUAGAAGAGGCACAAGGAGAGCGACAAGAAUGCAGCGAGAUUACCGCAGCAGACAUUGUUUUUCUCGUGGAUUCUUCCGACAGCGUCGGAGAAACCAAAUUUGGAGAAAUUCGCCGUUUCCUCAAUGCUUUUGUAGAGGGACUUGAAAUUGGUGAACAAAAGGUGAGAGUCGGCCUUGCUCAGUUUAGCGACAGACCGUACCAGGAGUUCUUGUUCGGUGAAAAUGAAGCCAUGAAGGAAGAUCUGCUCAGGAAGCUGCUCGGCAUCACAUAUCGCAAGGGUGGGCCAAAAAGAACAGGGCUCGCUCUGGACUUCAUUCGGAACACCUACUUCAGCCAAGCUAGGCAAAGAGCUUCCAAGAUCGCCAUCGUGAUCACGGACGGGGAGUCGAGCGACGCCGUGCAGGGGCCGGCUCAGGAGCUCCGAAAGCAGGGAGUCGUCGUCUUUGUGAUCGAGACCGGACCGGCGAAUAACGCGCAGCUCCAAGCCAUUGCUAACAGUCCCCAGACAGAAUUCUUGUUCAGCACGGACAAUUACCAAAAUUUACUAGGCCUGAUCGAGAACCUACGCAGAAGAGUGUGUACCGCUGUCGAUGACCAAUUACGAGCUUCUUCCCCCAAAUUCUCAGAUGUCUUUUUCCUGGUGGAUAGUACAGCAUCAAAACAAGAGUCCCAACAAAUCAGAAACUUCUUGCUGCGACUGGUCAACCAGCUCGCCGUAGACAAGGAUGGUAACCAUGUUGGCCUGGCACAGUUCAGCGACGGCGUCGAAGAGGAAUUUCUUCUCAAUAAUAAUAAGACCAGAAACGAAAUCUUAUCGUCCAUACGCAAUCUCCGACUUAAGCCCAAAGGCGUGCGUCAAAUUGGAAACGCAAUCGAACACGCACGCAAGAACUUCUUCAAUACGUCGACCGGUAGCCGUCUCGCCCAAGGCUUCAAACAGGUCCUGCUGGUGACGAGCGUGGGGAAAUCGAACGACAGUGUCAUUCGGCCAUCGCGUACGAUCAGAAAGGACGGAAUGCACGUGAUCUCUGUCGGCUUGGGCAAAGCCGAAGUGGAAGAGCUGGACGACAUUUCUAGUCCGAAUCAGACCUACAAAAUGACGACGCAAAACCUUCCGCAGGUGCUACAGAAAGUCAAGUCCGUGAUUGAAUCAGAAGAUGUGCUCAGUAUCUCCCAAGACUGCAAAUCCGCCAACAUCGCAGACGUCGUGUUUAUCGUCGACGAAUCUGGCAACAUGGGACCGGAAAACUUUCAGCUUGUACGCAACUUCCUCAUAAACACCAUUUCGGGGCUCGACGUAGGCAUCGACAAAGUGAGGAUAGCCAUCGUUCACUACAGCGAUGUCCCCAGGGCCGACGUUUAUCUCAACACGUUCAGAGACAAGAGUGAAAUUCUGCAGUACGUUCAGAGGCUGUCCUACGGCAGAGGCAAAGCGUACACCGGAGCCGCUCUACGAUUUGCCAAGGACAACGUAUUCACCAAGGAAAGAGGCAGCCGAAGUGAUGAACACGUUCAACAGAUCGCAGUGGUCAUCACAGACGGAUGGUCUGCCGACGACAUCACCAACGUGGCAGCAGAGCUGCGUCGCUCGGGCGUUACAGUUUUUGCUCUGGGCAUCAAAAACGUUAACUUACAAGAAUUGAAUGAGAUCGCGUCCUACCCACCCAGAAAGUUUGUGCUUAACGUAGAGAGUUUCAAUAAGCUCAAUGCAUUGUCGAGUAUGCUAACAAAAAGCCUUUGUGGGGAUAUUACCUCCGCCUUCAUACCCAUGUUCAAAGAUAUUACCCUUCAGAAAGGCUGCAAGUUCACAGCUGAAGCAGACAUCUACUUCCUACUCGAUGAAUCGGGGAGCAUUUCUUACGAAGACUUCGAUGAGAUGAAAGCUUUUAUUUUAGAGUUCCUUCAUACGUUCGAUAUCGGACCCGAUAAGGUGCGCAUCGGCGUGGUGAAAUUUGCGAGCCACGCGACCACCGUCUUCCGCCUGGACACUUACGACACAAAGUCGGACGUGGAAAAAGCAGUGAAAGAGCUAAUAAUGUACGGGGGUGGCACUAGAAUCGACCUGGGACUGGAAGCAAUGAUCCCGCUCUUUGGGCGAGCGUCACAAACACGCAAGGAUAAGGUCCGCGAGAUACUCAUCAUGAUUACCGACGGCAAAUCCGAGGCGGUCGGAACGCCGGUGAAUAUUCCGGCUGAAGAACUGAGGAGGCAGAACAUCACGAUCUACGCCAUCGGAGUGAAAGACGCGGAUAUGGCCGAGCUGGAAGAUGUCUCCGGAAGCCCUAAAAGGACGUUUUAUGUCCAAAACUACGAUGCCCUUAAGCUAAUUAAAACCAAAAUCCUUAAAGAAAUUUGUUCAUUUGAAGCUUGUGAAGAUAUUUCGGCGGAUAUCGUCUUUCUGAUCGACGGUGCAGAUUCGGUUGACGAGCUAGACUUUAAAAAGACCAAGGAACUCGUAGGAUUUGCCGUAGAAAAACUCCCUAUAAAAGAGAACAGGGUGCGACUCGCUGUCGUUCAAUACAGCACACGCACAACUGAGGAAUUUCUCUUAAACGAAUUCCACGAUAAAGACUCAUUACAAAAGAAAAUUGCAUCCAUCCAGCAGCUCCGAGGCAAAACCUACACAGGCAAGGCACUUAAAGAUGUUUUAACAGUGUUUCAGGAGUCCAGUGGAGGACGUGCGAAUACUUUGCAGUUCCUAAUACUCGUUACCGAUAGCGUGUCCAAAGACGACGUAGUACAGCCUUCUCGAGAUCUUAGGGAGCGGAACGUCAACAUUUAUGCUAUCGGUUUGGGACACGCUAGUAAAUCUCAGUUGCUCGAUAUUUCCGGAUCUUAUGACAGAGUCUACCUAGACAACAACUUUGCUUCCCUGCAGAACUUGGGUAGUGAGGUUAUCUUCAAGAUUUGCAAUACUGAGUGCAAAAGACCUGAACUGAUGGAUGUAAUCUUUCUGGUGGACGGCUCUGGUGGUGGCGACAACGACAAUUUUCAGCUCAUGAAAAGAUUCCUGGGAGCGGUGGUGAAAAAGGCAGACGUCGGGGAGAAAAGAGUCCGCUUCGGAGCGAUCGUUUACUCCGACCGGCCUAAACCCGAAUUCACUCUAAAUCAGUACAUCAGCAAGGACAAGGUUCAGGAAGCCAUCUCAGUGAUGAACGCUCCUGGAGGUAGGAGAAACACAGCCCAGGCUCUCAAGUCUGCACUCUCCUACUUUGCGGCGGCGCAUGGAGGAAGGCGUUCUCAGCAUGUUCCUCAGGUGCUAUGCUUGAUAACCGAUGGUCCGGUCGCCGACUCUGCUGACCUCACAAAAUGGCCGGAAGAUCUCGCAGGUUCCGAGGUCAACAUGUUCGCGAUCGGGAUGGCGGGAGCCAACGAGGCCGAGCUCACAAGAAUUACCGGGAAUGACAAAAGGACCUAUUAUGUGGACGACUACGAGGCUUUUAAAAUGCUGUCUAAACCAAUUACUCAACAACUCUGCAAUCUGACAAAGCCAGUGUGUGAGAAGGAGACGGCAGAUCUGGUCAUUUUGAUCGAUGGGUCCGAAUCGAUUUCCGAGAUCAACUGGAAAGUUGUAAAGGGCUCCGCGAUCAACAUCGUGAAAAAGCUCGAAAUCGCACCAGACAGAUGGCGGGUUAGCGUGGCUCAGUUUAGCGACAAAGUACUGAAUCACUUCUACCUGGACAAAUACAGCGAUAUACAAGGAGUGGAAAAUGCCAUAGAUGAGAUUACCCAAAGGAAACAAGGUACAAACACCUGGGAAGCACUUAAAGAAAUAGCAGAUUACUUUACACCAGAGCAUGGAAGCAGGAUAAAGGAAGGAGUGUCUCAGAACUUGCUGCUGAUCACAGAUGGCAAAGCUAACGACAAGGAGGAUCCAAGUACACUAGCUAAUCUUAGAGCAAAGAACAUUGCGGUAUAUGCUAUUGGGAUCGGACAGGAUAUAAAUCACCAUGAGCUCAUCAAAAUCGCUGGUUCCAAAGAGCGGGUUUUCUACGAGACUUUUGAGAGUCUUUCGCUGAAGACGACCGCCGGAAAAGUUCUAGAAGCCAUCUGCACACCGGAUAUCAUACCGGAUCCGCAGGGAUGCUCUAUUGACAUUGGCAUCGGAUUUGAUGCAUCACGCAGAACAAGCUCACAGCCUCUACUGGGACCACACGCAGAGUCCCUUGUCGCUGCAGCUAUUCAUCGUUUAUCCAUGAUCGGUGGGCUCUGCUGCGUCGCUGCAGACAAAAUUGAAACCAAGAUUGGUUUCCGCGUCGUCUCUGGCAACGACGGGAAAGUUAUGGAUGAUUUUAACUUUGAAAAGUAUGACCAGAACGUGGUCACCAAGGUGCUCCAUAUACGGCCUGCGACGCCUACCGCUUUCAACGCGCUCCUCCUAAACUCCUUCAGACAAAAAUUCUCUCGCUCGCAGGCCGGAGUGAAGGUGGUUAUCCUAUUCACGGACGGAUUCGAUGACUCCAUGGAAUCUCUAAAAGCGAGUGCAGAGAGCCUCCAGAAAAGCGGGGUUAAUGCACUGGUGAUUGUGGCCCUGAAAGACAACAUGGACCACCAAGCGCUGGAAUUCGGACGAGGUUUCAGCUACGGCAAGCCCCUUUCCAUCAACAUGCUUAACGUGGGCAAUGCACUGCUGGAGCAGCUUGAGGCAGUGGCAUCGAGAGAGUGCUGCAAUGUGACAUGUACAUGCAGAGGCGAUUUUGGUUUCUUGGGAACGUUUGGGCCCCCGGGACUAAAGGGAGGACCGGGGCUAACUGGCCAUCCAGGAAUACCCGGUGAUGACGGAAGCUCGGGUGAAAGGGGUGCGCCUGGUCUGAACGGAACUCAAGGACACCAAGGCUGCCCUGGCAAAAGAGGUCUCAAGGGAUCUAUCGGAUACACUGGGAAUCGAGGAGACGAUGGAGAGUUCGGUCUCAUUGGGGUGGACGGUGAACAGGGUUUUCCUGGUGCAACCGGAGUGGCGGGACCGAACGGAGAUCCAGGUCGACCAGGUGUAAAGGGAGUUAAAGGAGGUUCCGGCCCAAAGGGAGAACGUGGUGUGGGAGGAGAUCCUGGGAUACCAGGAGAAGACAGCACCGUGCGGGGUCCGAAGGGUGAGCCGGGAUACGCAGGCCGUCCUGGUGAUCAAGGCCCAUAUGGAGCUCCGGGUCGAACAGGCGAACGUGGAGAGGAUGGUUUCCCUGGGAGGAAGGGACCACCAGGACCUCCAGGGCUUUCCUCUACUGAACAAGGAGAACCAGGACCACAGGGUCCCGCUGGACAUCCGGGAUUGCGGGGUCCUCCUGGAAGAAAUGGAGCCAAAGGAGAGAAAGGUGAUCAAGCUCUACCUGGAGUUCGGGGACUGUACGGUGCAGUCGGGGUUAUCGGGGCCAAAGGAAACCCUGGACGCAGAGGGCCACGGGGUCAGAUAGGUGACGUGGGCAAUAAAGGUGACAACGGACCUGAGGGUUUCAGAGGACCACCGGGCAACAUUGGCGCAGAUGGUUACGGACCAUCAGGACGUAAAGGACAAAAAGGAAAUCCUGGUUUUCCUGGUUAUCCUGGGCUACCGGGUGAAGAUGGAACUAAAGGAUCCGCUGGAAAGGGAGGGGCCAAAGGAUACAGAGGACGGCCGGGGAACAGUGGAAAUCGGGGACCUCCUGGAGAUCCUGGAGAAAAAGGGCUGAAUGGACACCAGGGUCCUAAAGGAUCACCAGGAACCAGUGUGAAAACUGAAUGCGAAUUAGUGAAUUACGUGCGUGAAAACUGCGCUUGCUGUGGAGGUCACACCCAGUGUCCAGGUUACCCUACGGAGCUAGUGAUUGCUCUGGACAUGUCCUCUGACGUAGCCCCGAGGGCGUUCGAGAGGAUGCGUUCUACGACCCUGUCUCUGCUAGAGGACGUCCGCAUCGCCGAGACGAACUGUCCGGUGGGAGCUCGAGUUGCCGUCGUGUCCUACAACAGUCAAACCAAUUAUCUGAUCCGUUUCUCGGACCACCAUCGGAAGAGUCAGCUACUGGAGGCCGUCAAGGGAAUCUCUCUGCAAAGGAGCAGGAACCGCCGCGAUAUCGGCCAGGCCUUGAGCUUCAUUGCUGAGAACGUCCUCAAACGCGUCCGAAACGGCAAACUGGUCAGGAAGGUGGUCAUCGUCCUGACAAACGGGGACUCACAGGACAUCCCAGCAAUCAACACGGGCAUGAUGAAGCUCAAGGCUUUAGAUAUCAACCUGGGAGUCAUCACCUUCAACGAUGCUCCAAAUGUUCGUCGUGCCAUCCAGGCUGAUGAAACAAGAAGUUUCAGGGUUUCUGAUUAUCAGGACGCCAGCUGGUUUAAAGAGUGCGUCAUCUGUUUCGAUCACUGUAACCCACACCGGAGAUGUGACAUAAUACUAAACCCUGAGCCCGAGGAGGUGGACGUGGACCUGACUGUAAUGAUGGACUCCUCUUACGACCUUCGGGCUGAUCAGUACUCUGACGUGAAGGAACUCUUGGUGUCUGUGCUGGACGUGGUAGACAUGAGCAACGAACCUACCAUAGCGGAUGGGAAGGCCAGGAUCGGCGUCUAUCAGCAGAGCUCUGCUUACCCCAACUUCCACGUCGAGGAAGUGAUCGGACUCGGCGCAUUCGAAGACCGCGCCGCGAUAGAGAGGUGCAUUUCCGAAGACAUGCGACAAGCCGGCGGUUCGCCGCGUCUCGAUUCGGCUCUGGACUGGAUCGUAAACAAAGUUCUCCUGGAAGCGCAGGCUCCGAGGAAGAAGCGUAUGGUCCUGAACAUCCUCGGUGAAGAAUCGGAGCGUUUCGUGGACAGAGACGAGCUGAAAUACGUCUCCAUGCUCGCUCAGUGUAACGAUAUCGUGAUGGUCACGCUGACUGCGGGAGAAAAAUUCAACUGGACUCUGGUAAAAGGUCUCAGCACACCGCCGUCAGAGCAACACCAUAUACCUCUGGGACAGCUGGGGCCGAGGGACAGGAAGUAUGCUCAGAAAUAUUUACGAGCCUUCCUACGCAUGCUCACCAGAGAUUUCUUUCCCAAACCAUCUUCUCUAAAUGACAAGUGCAGCACUUUUGUUCCAAAGGAGAGGGUACAUUUGCCUGUUGUUCCUCCAACAAAAAGACCUGAAGUUUUCGCCACCACUGAAGAGAUCACCACUCCACCCGUUACCGAGGCCUACACCGAAGCAAGCGCGGACGAAUAUCAGGAAACCAUGGCGCCGCUUCCGGAAGUGUUCUUAACUAUGUAUACAGAAACGUAUACGAAUGUGUACACGGAGACGUACACGGAGACGUACACGGAGACGUACACGGAACGUCCGCAAAUAAUCGUCGAGACAUUUCCGGAGGUGUAUACGGAGACGUUCACGGAGACGGAUGUAUACGAGGACGUUUACCCGAACGAGUAUCGGGACCAGCCUGUGGACGAGCGCGCCGAAGGGCCGGAGGUGAAAAGCGAGACGGCCGAGAAGCGAGACGAAAAGGACGCCGCGCACCGAAACGGACCCGAUCCGUCCAAGGCCCGAUGCUUGCUCGAGAAGGACAUGGGGAGGGUGUGUUCAAGCUACGAGGCCAGGUGGUACUACGAUCGGAACGCUGGGAAAUGCACCCACUUCUGGUACGGCGGCUGCGACGGGAACGACAACCGCUUCCCGACUGAAGCCGAGUGCGAGGAGACGUGUGGAGGGUUACGUGAGUCAGAAGCGGAUGUUCAAGCUUUUCAGAAGGACGAACCAUCAAAAGCGACAGAUGUUUGCCAGCUCGCUCAGGACAUGGGCACGUGCUUCAACUUCAUGCUGAAAUGGUACUACGACGCCUCGAAGAGAGAGUGCGGCCGCUUCUGGUACGGAGGCUGCGAGGGCAACGGGAACAGGUUUGACACGCAGGAGGAGUGUAAAGCUCGCUGUCUGGGGCCCAAUAAUAAACGCUGAACAUGUGGCACGUCGUAAACAUCCACUUCAUUUACAGGGUUAAUUUAAUUGAUCUGUGUUGUUGAGAAUUUUAUUAUUAUUUUUUUUUUAACAAAUUUUGACUUUUAUAUGUUUCAUGAUUGAUAGAAGAGCAGCACAGGGCAGUAAUAAGUCCAGUUUUAAUCACAGUCUGUACAGACAGAACUGACUCAAUGUUAUUAUAUCAAAUAUCAGUUUAAAGUCAGAUUGAGAUCAAAUGCCAUUGGUUAAGUAUACGGAAGGAAAAAAAAAUUAUAUUAUUAACUGCAUAUAGCAAAACACAAGACCUGAUUUAUUGAUUUAUUGGACUCUGAAUCAUCAAAAAUGUGUCCUUGUCAAAAUUUAUGAUGGUUUGGUGUGUAUAAAAA